GUGAUCUGUGGCGGCUGCUGCAGAGCGGCCAGGAGGAGGGUGGAUCUCCGGAGAGCGGAGCACCCCGAGUCCUCCUCCUCCUCCUGCCGCCCAGGCUCCGCCGCCGCCCGUCGGACUCGUCCUUCUGCCGCUCGCGGCGGGGAGCCUCCCAGACGUCAAGGGCCAAGCUCUCUCCGGCCGAGGCCAGCUCAGCCGCGGCUUCCGGAACCCGCGGGGCGGCGGACCGGCUUGCCGUGCAGAUUCUUCUUACUCCUUUGCUGCAAACUCUGUGACACAAGAUGGCUGCAAACAAGCCCAAGGGUCAGAAUUCUUUGGCCCUACACAAAGUCAUCAUGGUGGGCAGUGGUGGUGUGGGCAAGUCUGCUCUGACCCUACAGUUCAUGUACGAUGAGUUUGUGGAGGACUAUGAGCCUACCAAAGCAGACAGCUAUCGGAAGAAGGUAGUGCUGGAUGGGGAGGAAGUGCAGAUCGAUAUCUUGGACACAGCUGGGCAGGAGGACUAUGCUGCAAUUAGAGACAACUACUUUCGGAGCGGGGAGGGUUUCCUCUGUGUCUUCUCUAUUACAGAAAUGGAAUCCUUUGCAGCCACAGCCGACUUCAGGGAGCAGAUUUUAAGAGUAAAAGAAGAUGAGAACGUUCCAUUUCUGCUGGUCGGUAACAAAUCAGAUUUAGAAGAUAAAAGGCAGGUUUCCGUAGAAGAGGCAAAAACCAGAGCCGACCAGUGGAAUGUCAACUAUGUGGAAACAUCUGCUAAAACUCGAGCUAAUGUCGACAAGGUAUUUUUUGAUCUGAUGAGGGAAAUUCGAGCCAGAAAGAUGGAAGACAGCAAAGAAAAGAAUGGAAAAAAGAAGAGGAAAAGUUUAGCCAAGAGAAUCAGAGAAAGAUGCUGCAUUUUAUAAUCAAAGCCCAAACUCCUUUCUUAUCUUGACCAUACUAAUAAAUAUAAUUUAUAAGCAUUGCCA